AUGGCUCACGGAGACAUUGAGAAUGGCGCUUCGGCGGCCAGACCAGAGUACGAAGACGAAAAACUCGGAGAAUAUGGACAACUCGUUCGAUAUAUUUCAAAGUAUAAGGGAAGAGAAGAGGGAGAGAAGCUCGCUGCCGAAGAAGAAGAGGCUGCCAACGCUGGCAAGAAGAAGAAGGGCAAGAAGUCCAAGGGCAGUGAUGGAGCUGGUUUCGAGACCCCAGAUGACUGGCUCAACACCGGUAUGCGACAAGGUCUCUCUGCCAGCGAGGUCGAGAACCGUCGUAAGAAGACCGGAUGGAACGAAUUGACCACUGAAAACGAGAGCUUGUUCUGGAAGUUCAUCGGUUUCUUCAAGGGUCCUGUCCUCUAUGUUAUGGAACUUGCUGUCCUCCUCGCCGCUGGUCUGCGUGAUUGGAUUGAUUUCGGUGUUAUUAUCGGUAUUCUCAUGCUUAACGCUGUCGUCGGUUGGUAUCAAGAAAAACAAGCUGCCGAUGUCGUUGCUAGUUUGAAGGGUGACAUUGCGUUGAAGGCUACUGUUGUUCGUGAUGGUGCUGAAGUUGAAAUCUUGGCUCGUGAAUUGGUUCCUGGUGACAUUAUCAUUAUCGAAGAUGGACAUGUCGUUCCCGCCGAUGCUAGAAUUAUUUGCGCCUAUGAUGACCCUAACGGAUACGAAACUUACCAACAAGAACUCCUCAACCAACGCAGCCACGAAAUGAGCGAAAAGGAAGAAGAUGAUGAUGAUGAUGCACACGGAGGAAAGCACGGUUCCGGCUAUGCUCUUCUCGCUAUCGAUCAAUCUGCCAUGACUGGUGAAUCUUUGGCUGUCGACAAGUACGUCGCUGAUGUUAUCUACUACACUACUGGUUGCAAGCGUGGAAAGGCCUAUGCCGUUGUCACCCACGGUGCUCGCAUGUCCUUCGUCGGUCGUACUGCUUCCCUCGUUACUGGUGCUCAAGAUCAAGGUCAUUUCAAGGCUAUCAUGAACUCCAUCGGUACGUCUUUGUUGGUUUUGGUCGUCGGCUGGAUCUUGAUCUCCUGGAUUGGUGGUUUCUUCCGUCACUUGCACCUCGCUACCCCAGAACACUCUUCCGUCAACUUGCUCCAUUACGCUCUUAUCCUCUUGAUUGUCGGUGUUCCCGUCGGUCUCCCAGUCGUCACCACCACCACUCUCGCUGUCGGUGCCGCAUACCUCGCUGAGGAGAAGGCUAUUGUUCAAAAGCUUACUGCUAUUGAGUCCCUUGCUGGUGUUGAUGUUCUCUGCUCUGACAAGACUGGUACUCUCACUGCCAAUCAAUUGUCCAUUCGUGAACCAUUCGUCGCUGAGGGUGUCGAUGUUAACUGGAUGAUGGCUGUCGCUGCUCUUGCUUCUUCCCACAACGUCAAGUCUUUGGAUCCUAUCGACAAAGUUACCAUUCUUACCUUGAAGCGUUACCCAGCUGCCCGUAAGAUCCUUGAACAAGGAUGGAGAACUGAGAACUUUGCUCCUUUCGACCCUGUCUCCAAGCGUAUUACUGCUAUCGUCGUCAAGGAUGGUGUUACCUGGACUUGUGCCAAGGGUGCCCCAAGUGCUAUCUUGAGAAUGUCUGAAUGUUCCGCUGAGGUUGCCGCUAUGUACAAGGCCAAGACUUUGGAAUUCGCUCGUCGUGGUUUCCGUUCUCUCGGUGUUGCUGUUAAGGAAGGUAACGGACCAUGGCAAUUACUUGGUAUGCUUCCUAUGUUCGACCCUCCCCGUGAGGAUACUGCUGCCACCAUCGCCGAAGCUCAAGUUCUUGGUCUCUCCGUUAAGAUGUUGACUGGUGACGCUAUCGCUAUUGCCAAGGAAACUUGCAAGAUGUUGGCUCUCGGUACCAAGGUUUACAACUCUGACAAACUUAUCCACGGUGGUCUUACUGGUACUACCCAACACGAUUUGGUUGAGCGUGCCGAUGGUUUCGCUGAAGUCUUCCCUGAGCACAAGUACCAAGUCGUCGAGAUGUUGCAACAACGUGGACAUUUGACUGCUAUGACUGGUGAUGGUGUUAACGACGCUCCUUCCCUCAAGAAAUCUGACUGUGGUAUUGCUGUCGAGGGUGCUACUGAAGCCGCUCAAGCCGCCGCUGAUAUCGUUUUCCUCGCCCCUGGUCUUAACACUAUCGUCUCUGCCAUCAAGAUCGCUCGUCAAAUUUUCCAACGUAUGAAGGCUUAUAUUCAAUACCGUAUUGCUCUCUGUCUCCAUUUGGAAAUCUACUUGGUUACCUCCAUGGUUAUCAUCAACGAGACUAUCCGUGUUGAGCUCAUUGUUUUCCUCGCUCUCUUCGCCGAUUUGGCUACCAUCGCUGUCGCUUAUGACAAUGCUCACUUUGAACAACGCCCUGUCGAAUGGCAAUUGCCAAAGAUUUGGAUUAUCUCUGUCGUCCUCGGUAUCCUGCUCGCUCUCGGCACCUGGGUCAUGCGUGGUGCUCUCUUCGUACCAAAUGGUGGUUUCAUCGAGAACUUUGGAUCUAUCCAAGGUAUGCUCUUCUUGGAAGUCUCCCUCACUGAGAACUGGCUCAUCUUCGUCACCCGUGGUGGUAACACCUGGCCAUCGUGGCAAUUGGUUAUCGCUAUCUUCAUUGUCGAUGUCAUUGCUACUCUCUUCUGUGUCUUCGGUUGGUUGUGUGGCGGAGCUGGUGAGCCAUCUGACCCAGUUACCCGCAACGUUCUCCUUUCCGAGAACGGCCACACUUCUAUCGUCACUGUUGUCAUCGUUUGGGGUUACUCCAUCGGUGUUACCAUUGUCACUGCCAUUGUCUACUACUUGUUGAACCAAUGGUCUUGGUUGGACAACCUUGGACGUGCCAGACGCAGCCACGCUGAUACCCAAAUGGAGAACAUCAUCGCCCAUCUCUCCAAGGUUGCUCUUGAACACUCCCAAGUUGACGGCGUCCACCGUUACCACAUUGUUCAAAAGCAAGCUGAGGUUGAGGAUGAUGAUUAG